AUGGACGGCGACGAGCCCACCCAAGCAACCCAGAACGUCCUCGACCCGCGCCGAGUGGGCAAGCAGAACUCGGGCUUCUCUGACGAUGACGUCUCUGACAUCAUCUGCGUACUCUACCCCCGUUCCGACCCCACCCGGCAGGAAAUCCAAAGACUAGCCCAAGAGGGCUCGCCGCACAUCAUCGGCAAGGACGAGGCCGAUGGUGUCGAGCCCGAUUACGAGCUCGAGGACCAUGCCAGCCGCUUCGAGUCGAACCCCACGAGCCACGGCGACUAUUCCAUCAAGCUGCGCUUGUCCGCCCAUGUCAAGAACCCUGCCGCCGGCUUUGCCUUUGGCAGGAACGCUGCUCGAUGCGACAUCGUCUUUGUCAACGACCCCCUCAAGAGGGUCAGCAAUGUCCACUUCCGCAUCUACGUCAACGAGUACGGCAACGUCAUGAUCGAGGAUCAGUCGACCAAUGGCACCUUUGUCGACACAAGGCUCCUGUCCAGCAAGCCAAAGAACGGCGCCAACCCCGUCACCAGAUGGGUGCUAAGCUCCGGCUGCAUCAUCAGAGUACUCCUCCACGACUUGAACCGCGACCUGACCUUCCUCGUCCGAAUCCCUCGCCGCGACGAUGACUACGACCGGGCCUACAUUGCAAAGGUGGAAGAGUACUUCGCGAGGCAUGGCCUCAAGACGGCCCCUCGCACCGGCGGCCACGUUGACCUGUUCAAGACGCCUGGCGAUCCGGUGCGCAAGGACAAGCAGGCCGUCAUGCGCAGAGAAUGGACCGGCUCCGGCACCUACAACCGGAUAAAGAAAGUGGGCCAGGGCGCUUUCGCCGUCGUGUACAGAGUCACGUCCAAGUACGACGGAAAGCCGUAUGCCGCAAAGGAGAUUGAGAAGCGUCGGUUCAUGAAGAAUGGCGUGCUGGAUCAAAAAGUGGAAAACGAGAUGAAGAUCAUGCGAAGGGUCCAACAUCCAAAUAUUGUGCGCUACAUGGAAAACAUAGACUGGGAGGAUCGAUUGCUCAUCAUCAUAAUGGAGUUUGUCCCGGGUGGCGACUUGGGAAAGCUCGUCUCGGACGACGGGGCCUUCCCAGAAGACAUGGCCCAGACCAUGGCCCGGCAACUGCUGAGUGCCCUGGGCUACCUUCACGCCAACAACAUCACCCACCGCGACGUUAAGCCCGACAACAUCCUCAUCAACACACUCGACCCCCUCGAUGUCAAGCUGACGGACUUCGGUCUGUCCAAGAUGGUCGACACCGAGCAGACCUUUCUCAGGACCUUUUGUGGCACUCUGCUGUACUGCGCGCCCGAGGUGUACACCGAGUACGCCGAGUACGACGACAACGGGGUCCGGAGUCGCGUGGACAUCUGGUCGCUCGGUGGUGUCUUGUUUUUUACUCUGACGGGCUCGCCGCCGUACCCUGUCAAGUCGGGCAUCAGUCACUCGGAACUGCUGCAUAAAAUCAUGACAACGAUGCUCAACAUCUCGCCCCUCGAAAGGUAUCAAGUGGCCGAGCAAGGCAUUGACUUUUUGCACCGCCUGCUGCAACGACGCCCCGAGAAUCGCGCAACCAUUCCGGAGCUCGAGAGCCAUGCCUGGUUGGGGGGGCCAGGCUCCGUCAUUGAGGCAUCUCAGUCGUACGACGUCAUUACGGACGACGAGGACGUUGAGAUUGAGCCGUCCCAGUUUCAUCCCGCGGCAUACGAUGACGACCGCAUAAGCGACUCCGAAGGCGACGAGUCCGAGAAGGAAAACGACUUCGUCACACAGCGUCCGCCGCCACCUCGGCUAUUCGGAGAGGUUGGUGUCUCGGCAGUAGGCAGCUCGGGAGCCCUUCCAGCCGACCUUCUCAGAAUCCCCGCCGAGAUGAGCAUGGGUGAAACCGAAAUCCUAGAUUCACAUCAGAACCAAGAGUACGAUUCCGAAGAUUCCACCACCAUCGGAGGUAAGAAUGGCCAAGCCUACGUCUACAACCAGACGUCCAUCUAUCCAAACCAGUCUACGGAUCAGUUGCAGAGUCUGGUGGAAGAUGUUGCAUCACAAAGCCUGGGCGGCAAAGAAUCCAAGACUGAAAGUCCCGCGAUCUCGUUCAACUCCCUGUCGCAGUCGUCCAUGGAUCCGAAUUCAAGCAAGCGCAAACCCUCAUCGCACGAGGUCAGCGACGAGUUUGAUGAGAAUACUCCGCCCGGUAAACCCACCCUCAAGAGACUCAAGUCGGACGGGGACGAUGACGUUACCGAGGACGUUGUCCGCGAAUUCAAACUGCUGGCCCGCAUCCCCCAGAUCAAGAGACUCGGCUCCGGCCGACAAAUCGACGGCCCCGUGAACAAGAUUACGUUUUGGGAGCAAGAUCGCACGACGUGGCAUCUGCAAUAUCCCGAAAUGACCCAGCUUCACCUCGGGCCGUCCAACCAGAACGGGGCGACGGCGCUUCCCGGGGCCCCGGGACUGAGACCGGGGGACCGCAACGCCGCCGACGACACACUGGACAUCCCCUCAACGGCCGCUCCCAUUGUGGUGCCGGUACAGGUGGACCCCACGUCGAGUCGAGCCAUCGCUGUGGUUGAGUCACUUCCCGAAUCAUGCAUUCAAGGCAUCUCCUUCCCCAUCACUGACUCACUGGCUUCCUUUGGCAGGGGCCCCGAAAACACAGAGGUCUUCAAAGAGCGGCUGGAACCAAGAGUGCCCAAGUGUGCUUUCAAGAUUAUGCUCUGGAAGGAGGGUUACGACCCGUCCAAGGACCCUUCCAAGAUGAAGCAUCCUUGGCAAACAACCUCUUCGGCUGACGACGAAACGUAUCAUUUUUGGAUUUCAACAAAGGCUACGCUCGGGAUCCGAAUCAAUGGCUAUACCUUGGCCUCGUCGGACGCAAAGCAUCCAAACGCACCGUCUCACUACUGGACCAGGAUCAACGACGGUGACUCCUUGAUGAUAUGGGGAGGCCAGGACCCCACGAACCAGACCAAGCUGAUAUUCCGCUGCUUUUGGGGAGGGUCCUCAAAGCCACGCGCAGAGCACCGGCCGCAGCUGGAGCUGGCGAGCCCCGCUAUCGCCCAGAAGCUCGAUGCCGCGUGCCAUAAGACGGAGAAACGCAUGCGGGAGGCGGCAGAGAGGCGGCGGCGGCUACGCGAGGCCGAGGCUGAGCAUCAGGCGCGGCUCCGGCAGGUGCAGAGGGAACGAGAGCGCAGCUACGCGUUCGAGAAGAGGAGGCUGGAGGCCGUCGAGUAUCUCGCCGCGGGGCAACGACCCGGCUCGCGGAGGGCAUCGCCCGGCUAUCUGCCUCCCAUGGCGCAGGCGAGCAGGCUGCAGGGCAACGUGCUGGCUGCGCGGCUGAGUCGAUGA